CACCGUUUUGACAUGUAAAAAAAGUGCUGUUAACGCAACAUCUUUUUGAAAUCUACAUUGCAAAAAUAUGCUUCAAUUAGAGCAAAGAGUUAUAAAGUAAUACUAAUAUUUAAAUUAAAACUGCGCAUAUAAAAUGGAAAAUUCUACGUUAAAUAGGGCUCACCAAGAACAACGAAAAGCCGAUGCUCUAUUGAAGCAAAAAAAGUUCGACGAUUGCCUGGCAUGUCACCAAAAUGCAAUUGAACUAUUAAAUCAAACAAUCAAAGGCACAGAACACCCGAAAGCUUUGGAAUCGUUUAAUUUGCAAGUGGAACACCAUGAAAGACAAAUCAGAUUGAUAACAAUCAAGAAAAUUCAGUAUGAAAACCUGAAAAACGUCGACAAUUUCAAGACUGAUGUUCACAUAAGCAAUGAGUUGGAAAGUCAGAUUAGCGAUGAAAGUUUGCAAGUUAUUUAUGCUACAAUGGAGCAGCAUGAUUCUUUUAUAAGUUACUUAAUUAAAAGAGAGUCUGGAAGUGAUAAUGACAGUUGUUCUGUGAGUGAUAAUGAUGAGAAGGUUGAAAAGGGGGUGUUUACUGGUUUCAAGCAUCCAAAAGAUGAUGCUACUAUUGUUGAAGAGUUCAAGGAGCUGUGUAAAUCCUACAGGGAUUCAAUUAAAAUCCUGUUGGUACAGCUUGAGGAACGAAACAGGGAAGUUAAAGAACUUAAGUACAAAGUUAGACAAUUGGAGCAGGAUAAAUUUAAAGCUCAAUCAAAAAGCAACAAUAGCCUGAAAGUAAUAACAGACUCUUCAGGUGCGACUUCACCAUAUGUGUUCUCUCCUUCAAGCGAACUAAGUCCAGAUGUUAGGGAAACCAACGAGUUAUUACAGUUAGCCCCUCUUGAAAUGCCAAAUUUCGAUUUUACUAAUUUUACUAGUAGCUUAUCAUCCACUAUGAGCCAAAAUAAUAAUAAUUAGUUUAUAUAUUUUUUAAUUAAUAGUUAGUUUAGUUGAUUCUCCCUUUUAAAUUUAAGUUUUUCAUUUUAUUUUAGGUUUAUAGUAUGAACUUUAUACUAUUGAAUUUAAUUCUUAACUUAAAAAAUCA